AGAUUACUCUUGUCUUUACACGAUUGUUGUGUUUCCUGUUAGAAAAUAUUACGGGCUGUGUAUCAUAAAAAUCAUGAUCGGCUGGUGUCGGUGGUACUGACUGUUCAAGUAAAUCGUGUACAACCGCUUUUUUUUUUGUUUUAUUAAAACACCCGGAUCGGUGUUACAGCUGCAGGAAGCACCAAACUGGUGCCAUAUUAUAUUAUUAUUACCUCUAGCUGGUAUACGAGAGACAACACAGACCGUAAUCUGACAGUUUGAUGUCAGGCCCCGAGGGAUACAUUUAAAAGUCUUGGUUUCAGGAGAAAUACAGAACGGCGUCAUUUACACAGUCUAAUAAAUACAGACACUGAUUAGCUGGAAGCUUGGUUCUCACACAGACAGUCAUGGUGGAAACGGAUAAGUUCAAUUAUGUUUACAGCUGUGAUCUGGAUAUCAACGUCCAACUCAAGAUAGGCAGCCUGGAGGGAAAGAGAGAGCAGAAGAGCUAUAAGGCCUUGCUGGAGGACCCCAUGCUCCGGUUCUCUGGGCUUUACCAGGAGACCUGCUCUGACCUGUAUGUCACCUGCCAAGUGUUUGCAGAGGGGAAGCCCCUGGCCUUGCCAGUCCGCACCUCUUACAAGGCCUUCAGCACUCGCUGGAACUGGAACGAGUGGCUGAAGCUGCCGGUGAAAUACCCAGACCUGCCGCAGAACGCACAGGUGGCCCUGACCGUGUGGGACGUGUAUGGACCAGGAAGAGCCGUCCCCGUUGGGGGCACCACCGUAACGCUCUUCGGGAAAUACAGGAUGUUUCGUCAGGGGAUGCAUGAUCUGAAGGUGUGGCCAGCAGUGGAGGGGGAUGGCUCGGAGCCCACCCAGACCCCUGGGAGAACCAGCAGCAGCCUGAGCGAGGACCAGAUGGGGCGACUGGCCAAGCUCACCAAGGCACACCGGCAGGGUCACAUGGUGAAGGUGGACUGGCUCGAUCGACUCACCUUCAGGGAGAUUGAGAUGAUCAACGAGAGUGAGAAGAGAAGCUCUAAUUUCAUGUACCUGAUGGUGGAGUUUCCUCGAGUGAAGAGUGCUGACAAGGAGUUUGGGAUCGUUUACUAUGAGAAGGAUGGUGACGAGUCAUCUCCCAUGCUAACAAGCUCUGACAUUGUUAAAGUACCAGACCCACAGAUGUCAAUGGAGAACCUGGUGGAGAGCAAACACCACAAGCUGGCUCGCAGCCUGCGCAGCGGCCCCUCUGAUCACGACUUGAAACCCAACGCUGCCACACGCGACCAGCUCAAUAUCAUUGUGAGUUAUCCUCCCACCAAGCAAUUGACAUCAGAGGAACAGGACCUGGUGUGGAAGUUCCGGUAUUACCUCACCACCCAGGAGAAGGCCCUCACCAAGUUCCUGAAGUGUGUGAACUGGGCUCUGCCCCAGGAGGCAAAGCAGGCUCUGGAGCUGCUGGGGAAGUGGAAGCCCAUGGACGUGGAGGACUCCCUGGAGCUGCUCUCCUCCCAGUUCAGCAACCCCACUGUCAGGCGCUACGCUGUGGCCAGACUGGAGCAGGCAGAUGAUGAGGACCUGCUGAUGUACCUGCUGCAGCUGGUCCAGGCUUUGAAAUAUGAGAACUUCAAUGACAUCAAGAACGGACUGGAGCCCUGGAGCAAGAGGGACAGCCAGGGGGGGAUGUCAGAGAGCGUGGCAUCCAACCUGGCAGACACAGAGAGCUCCCAGAUUCUGACGAUCCCGCCCCCAUCUGCCCCCCCCAGUGGCCCCACACCCAAAGGAAAGGACUCAGCUGACAGCGACAGCUUAGAGCAAGACCUGUGCACCUUCCUGAUCUCCCGAGCUUGUAAGAACUCCAUGCUGGCUAACUACCUGUACUGGUACGUGAUCGUGGAGUGUGAGGACCAGGACACCCAGCAGAGGGACCCCAAGACUCACGACAUGUACCUGAAUGUCAUGCGACGCUUCAGUCAGGCUCUGCUCAAGGGUGACAAGAGUGUGCGAGUGAUGCGCUCCCUCCUGGCCGCUCAGCAGACCUUCGUGGACCGGCUGGUGCAGCUGAUGAAGGCCGUGCAGAGAGAGAGCGGAAACCGCAAAAAGAAGACGGAGAGGCUGCAGGCUCUGCUGGCUGACAAUGAGAAGGUGAAUCUGUCUGAGAUCGAACCCAUCCCCCUCCCGCUCGAGCCUCAGGUCCGCAUCAGAGGAAUAAUCCCAGAGAAAGCCACGCUCUUCAAGAGUGCUCUGAUGCCUGCAAAGCUGAUUUUCAAGGCAGAGGAUGGGAGUCGCUACCCGGUGAUCUUCAAACACGGAGACGACCUGCGACAGGACCAGCUCAUCCUGCAGAUCAUCUCUCUCAUGGACAAGCUCCUGAGGAAGGAAAACUUGGACCUGAAACUGACCCCGUACAAAGUUCUGGCGACGAGCACCAAGCACGGAUUCAUGCAAUUCAUCCAGUCAGUUCCUGUGGCUGAGGUUCUGGGCACUGAGGGGAGUAUACAGAACUUCUUUCGGAAGCAUGCUCCCAGUGAUAAGGGUCCGUACGGCAUCAGCACUGAGGUUAUGGACACCUACGUCAAGAGCUGUGCUGGUUACUGUGUCAUCACCUAUAUACUGGGAGUUGGAGACAGACACCUAGAUAACCUGCUGCUGACCAAGACAGGGAAGCUGUUCCACAUUGAUUUUGGAUACAUUCUUGGAAGGGACCCCAAGCCCUUGCCGCCCCCCAUGAAGCUGAGCAAGGAGAUGGUGGAGGGGAUGGGGGGCAUGCAGAGUGAGCAGUACCAGGAGUUCAGGAAGCAGUGCUACACUGCGUUCCUGCACCUGCGCAGGUACUCCAACCUCAUUCUGAAUCUCUUCUCUCUGAUGGUGGACGCCAAUAUCCCUGACAUCGCACUGGAGCCGGACAAGACCGUCAAAAAGGUGCAGGAUAAGUUCCGAUUGGACCUGUCGGAUGAGGAGGCGGUGCACUACAUGCAGAGCCUGAUUGAUGAGAGUGUGGGAGCGCUGUUCGCCGCGGUCGUCGAGCAGAUUCACAAGUUUGCACAGUACUGGAGGAGGUAGAGAAGCCUGACCGAGACAAGCGCAGACCUGCUGAACAUCAUCGUCAUCAAUCAUCAUCAGUAGCAGCAGCAGCUGCAUUGCCUGUGUAUGUGGAGGGGGGAUCUCCUCUGAUUUAAACUGUUUUCCAUACAGAGCUGUUCUCUUGUAGCUGCCCACACUGAGAGUGCCUCCUGCCUGGUGUCUGUGCCGUACUGUGCAGGGAAACACUGGGAGCAGCCACAGACCUGACACAAGGACUGGGGGAAUGGAAUAGGUAGUGGUAUGAGUUGCCAAGAUUUGAAGAUUUAUAUGUAUAGAAUAACACAAUAAUGUAUUACUUUAUAACACAGUAAUGUCUUUUUUAUUAGAUUUAUUUUUUUCCGUUAUAGGUUUUGUUUUACAGUAAAUCAGAUCAUGUUGAAUGCAAAAGAUCACUAUAUGGUUACUAUGUUCAAAAUGCCAAAAUAAACAGUAGAAA